GCUCAUCUGACACAGAGGGGACGAGUGUGGAACGAGUGCCUUCAUCACUUCCUCCUUUCCCUCCUGUGACCCAUCAGGCCCGUGUUCUUCCGUCUGGAUCCACAAUCAUCUUGGUUCUCACUUCUGACAAGACUAACGUGUGAGUGAGUGAGUGGCCUUCAUUCCCACCAACCCUUGGUCCUCUGGGCUACCUUUUCUCCUCCCCCGACCAUCCAUCCCUGCCCGUGUCCAGCUAGGCCAGUCGUCCGGCCCGUCGGUCGGGCUCGGCCUUGAGUCUGGCCUCUGCUGGGCUGGGAACACGAGCACUCUCGCUCGCCCGCUCGCUCGCUGGCUCGCCCUCAGGACCCGUCGUCGACGUCGUCGUCCUCACUGAGACAAGCUAGAUCAGGAGAAAGUGGAUCUGGAGUGGCGCACGCCAGGCCAAACCACCACGGCAGCCUUCAGCCUGUUCGCUCCUCGGCCCUGUUUGGGAUCCUCCCCCUGUUUUCGCCUCCCACUACCCGCUACCCGCCCUCUCAACCGUGAACGGGCCUAGAGUUGUCGUCAUUCCAUCACUCCCUGAAAAAUCGACCCGAUGGCCAUCUGACCAUGACUGACGCGCCCCCCACCACCAUGACGGGAUCCGUGACCACGAGCCUACCGGACACCACCUUGAACAGCCUGGCGGGUGUGGCGCCGCACCCGGACGGGCCCGUGAUCCUGACCAAUCAGAGUGGCGUUCGGCCCGAGUUUGACUCUUCCUUCUUACAACAUGCUUCGGGUCAGGGCAUUGCGGGCGUGUUCGCUUGGGCGGCCAUCUUCAUCACGUGUCAUCAGAUCUAUCAGUACUUGCGAUAUUAUACGAAUCCGGCUGAGCAACGCUGGAUUGUCCGGAUUCUGUUCAUCGUGCCCAUUUACGCGUUUGAGUCCUGGUUGAGUUUGGUCUUCUUCAAUGAUAAGCAUUUCUACGUCUACAGUAAUGCCUUGCGGGAUUGCUAUGAAGCUUUUGUUAUCUAUAACUUUUUGGCUCUCUGCUACGAGUACUUGGGAGGCGAAGGCAACAUCAUGUCCGAAAUUCGAGGAAAACCCAUCAAGUCCAACUAUUAUUAUGGGACGUGUUGUCUGGCCGGACAGUCUUACAACAUUGGAUUUUUGCGUUUCUGCAAGCAGGCCACACUUCAAUUCUGCGUCAUCAAGCCCAUCAUGGCAUUCAUCGUCAUCUGGCUCCAAAGCUAUGGCCUCUAUGAAGACGGCAAUUGGAGGGCUGAUAUGGGAUACCUCUACAUCACGGUCAUCUACAACAUAUCCAUUUCCUUGGCUCUCUAUGCCUUGCUACUCUUUUACUACGCCACGAAAGAUCUUUUGCGACCCUACGACCCUGUUUUGAAGUUCUUUACGGUCAAGUCCGUCAUUUUCCUUUCAUUCUGGCAAGGUGUUGUCCUCUCUGUUUUGGAGCAAUUUGGCUACGUCCUUCCCAUGUACGGCGAGGAUGGAACCACGGUUGCAUUGCCUCCAGGUGCGGUCUCCGCUGGAUACCAGAACUUUUUCAUCUGCAUUGAGAUGUUCUUCGCUGCGAUUGCGCUUCGCUAUGCAUUCCCUAUUAGCGUCUACCUGAGUGAGGGUUGCGCCGGAACCGAAGGGUAUGGGCGUUCCGUGACCAUGCAAAGCAUUUCAUCUUCACUCAAGGAAACGAUGAAUCCGCGCGACAUCAUGACAGAUGCGAUCCACAAUUUCCACCCUCAAUAUCAACAAUAUACUCAGUACAGUUCAGAUAAUCGUCGAUUCAACAAUGGCCAUAACUCACGGGCUGCGGGUGCUUCGAUCCCCACGGUGGAUGAUGUGCACCCACAAGAAGUGACCUUGGCCAUGGCAGCCACAGGCACGACUCAGGAACCAGGGAUCACCAGUAAUAAUGGAGUGGUGCUUAAGCCCUCGCAAUCGGACCUGGAAACCUCCUUCACGAGAUCCUUGGCCGAGCGAGGUCUGGUCUCUGAUUUUGGAUUUGAUGGGCAUAAAUCCAACGAUCAACAGUCUGGGAAUGUUAAAACACAACAGGGUGGAAGUCGACGUCAUCAGCGGAAUGGAUCCUACGGCGAAGUUCCGGCUGACCCGAUGGCCACUCCUUCAACAGCCGCAUAUGCGGCAGCUACUGGCCCCAGUAGCGGAACUGGACGACCUAUGGCAACUAGCUCUGCGGCAGCAAAUGCUCGGGCGACCGUUUCUGGAUUAAUGCCCAAGAACUCGAAAGUGACCAACAAUGAGAAAACGUUGCUGUUAUCCUCGGAUGACGAAUUCCAGUGAAAGACCCGUUUCAUCUCGAACUCGGUUUUUGAUGGUGCAUUCCAGGAGCGAGAUACUGACCAUUUGACUAAAAUUUCUGUUUUGAAAGACUAUCUGGAAGGUGAACUGAUAACUGCUACAUAUUGAAAAACAAAUAUAUUACCCUAUUGCUUA